UGUUUAGACGAGCAUGACAACUAUUAUGAGGUAGAAGCGCAGGGUGUGAAGACACAAAUUUCUGCAAAAUAAUCUGCAAUUACCUGAAUUUCACUUCAUUAUAUCUACUAUAUUUAACUGAGAGUGUGAAUAUUAUGUUUUGUGAGGGUCUGCUCAUUUAAAAUAUAAAGCCUCUUCACUUAGUACUGUCCUACCUCAACUAAUUCAGUUUGUUAAAUGUUAUCUGACUGUGGGAUUAAAAGACAAGUCACUGGACAAUCUAUUAGAAUCAGGUCCUCCCUGAAAACAGCACCGUCUCUUCUGUCUCUUUUUCGUGACGUUCCAACUACAGUCGGGAGAGAUUGUCUUUGGUGACGGCUGCUCCAAGCUUUGCCGCUGUGCUGGAAACUACACACUCAGCUGUGUGGACAACUCCUGUAUUCCCACGGAGGAGUGUCGAGAGGUCAAUGGCGUGUCAGGCUGCUACCCCAAAGACACGUCCACCUGCACAGUGUCAGGUGACCCGCACUAUACCACGUUUGAUCGACGUUACUACGACUUCAUGGGCAACUGCAGCUACCUGUUGGCCAAGCCAUGCAACACCACCUUGGCCCCACCCUUCGCAGUGUAUGCCGACAACGAGAACCGAUACAACGUCCUGUCCGUCAGCUACCUGAAAGCUGUGCAUGUACACACCCUGGGAGUUGUCGUGUCGAUCUUGAAGGGUGGAGUGGUGCAGGUGAAUGGGACCACAGUAAACCUGCCUGCCAACCCGGCACAGGGACUGUCUGUCUUCCAGCAGGGGACACUCUGCACAGUGGUGGCAGAUUUUGGGGUGACUGUGCGCUAUGAUGGCAACCACUACAUGGACAUCAAAGUUACCAGCGACUACAAGAAUGUUCUUUGUGGUCUGUGUGGUGACUACAAUGCAAACCCCAAUGAUGACUUCCGUACUCCUGCUGGUCAACUCGUCACAGAUGCCAACGAGUUUGGCCACAGCUGGAAUUCUGAUCCUAACUGCAACAAGAAACCCAAUGAGACCAUCCCUGAAUGCACAGACAAUGAGCUGGAUGUGUUCCAGAGUCCAGCAUAUUGUGGAAUCUUGCUGGACGACAAGGGACCAUUCGCUGUCUGUCACCCAAGGGUCAACCCCAAUGUGAGUUACCAUGUCAAAACAUAUAUCAUUCAAGGUUAAAGUCAGAAAUGCUCAUAACGUUUCAGUGACUAGUAAUCAUCAGAUUGCACCGAGUUAUCCAAAGUAGAAGAGGAUUUAUCAUUCCGGU